UCAAACAAAUGUCAUACUUUGUGUGUCAAAACAAUGCAAAUGCAAACGAAAGUACUAAAGUAGCUUUAUUUGGUUUCACACUCAGUUUUAUUAGUGUGUAUAAUAUUAACAAUUAAUUAUCUGAAUAGUGUAAACAUGUCACAAACGGAACGGUUGUCCUUGUCCUGGGACUCCCAUCAGAAAAGUAUUUGUAGUGGACUAAGCGUACUGCAGCAGCGUGGGGAGUAUGUGGACAUGACACUGGCUGCAGACGGCCACUACGUGAAGGUCCAUCAGAUGGUUGUGUCGCUAGUGAGCCCGUACCUCAAGGAUCUUAUAUCAACAGCCCCAUGCCCACAUCCUCUAAAACUUAUUAAUAAUAUUAACUUUCAGAAUAUAUCAUACACUACACUAUGUGCUAUAUUAGAGUAUGUCUACACGGGGGAAGUACAAGUACCUCGAGAUAAACUGGCUGAUCUACUCAGUGCUGGUAAAGCAUUACAUAUUAGAGGACUAAGGGAAAUGGAUGAGAAAAACCCUGAAGAAGAGAGUAGACCACUUGUGAGUAGCCCCACUAAUCCAAGUUUAUCAGAAAAAUUGAAAGCUUUUAAAAUAAAGAGAGAAACAAAGGAACAGAACCUAACACCACCACCAGAACCUAUAUGCAAAAUAUACCUCAGUGAAAGCGACAAUAACCACGAUGAAACAAUGGAAACCGAGAAUGAGUCCACUACAGACAUAAUGGCGACAGAUGUCAGUACACCAAAGAAAAGCAAAAAGUCUAAAAAAGAUGAUACACCACUACCUAUUACGCCUGAAGCAACAAAGAAUGUGUUGUUGAGUAAAGAAGUACAAUACUCAGUAUCAAACCAGGGCGGACUGCAGGCUAUAUACAACCGGUACAUUUACAACCUGCGGUACAUUAGCAAGACGAAUGGCCGGCGAUUCUGGCGCUGUGUGCAAUAUUCGUCCCAUAGCAAUUGUCCAGCCAACAUCAGUACUCUAGACAACAAUACUGUUGUAGACAGAACAUUCACUCAUAAUCACCCGUUCGAGGACAGGAAGAUACUAAAAAAGUUCAGUAGCGGUAUUAUGUUCGCGCAGUUUAAAGAGGCUGAGACCCAAUCAACUGCAGUAAAGAAGAGAGAAUUAAAGACGCUUGGUUCUGUAAUAACUGAUAAAGAGCCUCAAUAAUAAAUGUUUAUAAGUUUA